AGACGACCCCUGGAAGUACGGUAUGUCGCGAUAACUUCUGCUGUCUACUGCAAAAUCCUUCAUAUUUUUCCGAAUACUGCUCUGCCGCCGGUGAUAUCCAUACCUGGAAAAGAUGGGUGGAGCAGUUAGUGCAGGGGUCAACAAUGACCACUUGGUGGACAACCUCAGAGAUGCAGAUUACAUCAAAUCAAACCUUGUCGAAGAUGUCUUCAGAGCUGUCGACAGAGGCGAUUACUACAUUGCAGGGCACAAGGACAGUGCUUACAAGGAUCUAGCCUGGAAGCAUGGCAACAUCCACCUGUCGGCUCCUUGUAUCUACUCAGAGGUGAUGGAGGCUCUCAAGCUGGAGCCGGGACUCUCCUUCUUAAACCUCGGCAGCGGGACAGGCUACCUGAGCACCAUGGUGGGCCUGGUCAUAGGUUCAAAUGGUGUAAACCAUGGUAUAGAGAUCCACCAGGAUGUGAUAGACUAUGCCAACGAACGUCUGCAACUCUUCCUCAGUAGAUCUCCAUCCGUUGAUCAGUAUGAGUUCUGUCAACCACUCUAUAUAAAAGGAAACUGUCUUUUGCUGAGCUCUGCUUGCCGGAGCUAUGACAGGGUGUACUGUGGUGCAGCGUGUCCUCCUGAGCAUGAGAAUUACAUGAAGAAUCUACUCAAAGAAGGCGGAGUCCUUGUAAUGCCUUUAGAAGAUCAGUUGAUUCAAAUAAGGCGCACGGGGCAGUCUAGCUGGCAUACAAAGAAUCUGAAAGCUGUUUCCUUUGCUCCCCUUAUACUGCCCUCAUUGGCAGAAGGGGAGACAUUACAAGCCUUCCAACCACCCGAUGUCCAACCUCGUGUCCUCCAAGAUGUCUGCCGUGUUCACAUACGUCGCCACUUGAGGGGCAUCGUGGAGAAGGAGAACCCUCGCAAACCCCGUCCUGCUAAGGCCCAGCGCAAACCAAGGCCCAACCACUCCCCACCCAGACUCAUGCACAAUUGCAUCAUGAUACGCAGUGUCAACAACAUGCUUGAGCUGGCUGGAGAACUCAUGGUGGAUGGAGACGAGGAUGAGGAGGAGAGGGGAGAGGAGGCCAUGGAUGAAGGGGCAGAUGCCGGGCCCUGGAGUCGACGCAGAGAUGCUGGACGACCGCGGGAGGAAGAUGGGUUGAACACGCGGAGAGGUCGUAACCGUGCAAGGUUUGAGCGCUUCAUGACCAACGCUGCGUUCUUCACCCGACACAUGGGCAGCCGUCGGGAGGAGGAUGGGGACGAAGAAGUCUGGCAUGAUGCAGAUGAUGAGAGAGAAAGAUCAGAUGAUAAUGGACAUGGUGCUAGACCUAGAGAUGACAGAGAUAGGUCUGGUGAAGGAUCGGGUAAAGAUGGGGGUUCACAGAAGUCAGAUCCACCCAAAGACAUUGAUGAUAGCGACGAUGAAGAUGAUGACAACCAAAGUCCAAGCAGUGGCCAGAAAGGCAACGGAGCAUCAGGUUUUAGCAUCAAAAGAGCUUUUAGAAAUUCCUUCCCCAAAGAGCGCAAACGGCAACACAAUCGGCGGAGCGAGAGCGAACCUAACGAAAAACAACCAGGAAAGUCAACAGACGUCAUUGAUGAAGUAGAAGAGGACAACGAGCGUCCUGAUGAGGCGGUUGGGAGGAAGAAUGGAAAGAGCGGUAAUGGACUCGGUCACUCACAACCAGCAACUCCUGGCCCCAAUGGCUCCAAGAUAGAGGACAAGAGCGAAGCACAGAAUGCCAUGGAGGACAACUCCAAUACAGAAGAGCCAUCAUCAAGGAAUCCCACAAAUCAACAGAUACCAAUAGUUGAUGACUUAGAAAUGGAUGACCUUCAAGACGAGGAUGAGGAAGACGAUCUUCUCAGCGACGCAUCAUCAAGUAGCGGUAUUUCUGAUGAAAGCAUCUUUCAACGUCUCAAAAGAGAAAAGGAAGAGGAAGAGGAGGCAGCCAUGAAGGAUAAACCCUUGGAGCCUAGCCACUUAUCACUUAAAAUCCAGAUGCUGCCAUUACCCAAGGCACUUGUCAACUAUCUUCUUUACCAUCGGGAAAUCUCAGAAUAACUCUUAUCAUGAGCAGUUUCCUCAUGACCCUUUUGGGAUGUAUACAUAAUCUCUCAUUAUAGACACUGCAAUUUCUAUCCUUCUGAGAUAGAUGCUAUAUGCUGUAAUGGAGAACAGUGCAGUGCUUGAGGCACUUCUGCACCUCUGGAUUUGGACCGUUCUGAGUAAAGUUUUCAAGAGUGAACAUUUUUCUGUCCUCUCUUUAAACCUUCAUUAAUUGAUAAUCUGGGAUUCAUUCUUCCCAGCCAUGGAUGGAGGCAUCACAAUCAAAGAGCGUGGAAACAAUUUUGCCACUGAAAAGAUGUGAAACUAUCCUGAGUAUAGCUGCAUUGCUGAGAGAUUGACUGUACCUUCUGGCAUUAUUUGCCACCUAAUGAAUCAAACACUCUCGUUCUGUAAUAAAGGAACUUUAUAUUGGUCAGAAUCUUUUACCAACAUGUGGAAUAGGUCAGUGGUAGAGUGGUUUUGUCAUAUUGAUAAGAUCAUUAAAUGAAAGAAAUGAGUUUGCACGGCACUCUGGUACAUCUCUCUGUAUUUUUACACGAAGACUUACUGUUGUCGCCAAAAUAAGUUAGCUCUUUGCAAUGAUUUAUUCAAUUAUCGGCUCAUACAUCUUAUUUCAUAGCGUGAUUUUACAUCACAAGAAGGAUAGAACCAGCCUAAUAACAGACAUUGUCAAUUGCGAACAUGUUCAAGUAUUUGUUUGAAUGCUUCGCAGUGUGCGGAUAUAUCCUUUUCUGUUUUGAGAAUAUCACAAACGUUUAAAAGUCAAUACUACAAAGAUCCAGUAACAUUCACAAUUCUUUAACACGCUAUUACACCAUUACAUUGUAUAUGGAGAGAACAAUAGGUUCAGUGAACCAAGUGUGUUCUGUGCUUUUAUACUGUAAUAGUGAGUUAAAGAAUUGUCAAGGGUAACAUAGAUUCGUGGCUGUAAUUAUUCCUUUCUUUUUCCUAUAUGCAUUUUUAUAGAAUCAUGGGUUGUAUCAUCGAAGCCCAUUGCACACUUUAUGAUCCGAUACAAUGCAAUUUUUUAAUAAAUUGCAAUUUAUAUUAAAUGUGAAAGUGCUAAGAAGUAAAAUUAUUUC